AUGGCCCCCCACACUCGCUGCCCCGGCGCCGAGGCUCACCUGUACGAGGCGGCGACCGCGGAGGGCGCCGACGUGGGCUCGAUGAUCAGCGAGGCGCUGAAGACCCCCGUCGCGGCUCCCGCGAAGCCGGACGCCCCCGCAUCGGACCCCGCAUCGAACCCCUUUGCCGGGCUGCAGAAGCAGCUCCAGGACGUGCAGGCGGCCGCGAAGGACGCCGCGAGCAAGGCGUCGGAGUCAGGGUCCGCGUCGUCGUCCGACUUCUUCGCGGGCCUGCAGAAGCAGCUCCAGGAGGCCCAGGAGGCUGCCACGUCGGCGUACAAGGACACGGCGGGCAGGAUCACCGAGGCGACUCCCAGCCUGCAGAAGCAGCUCCAGGACCAGCUCCAGAGCGCUCAGGACGCGGCCACGUCGGCUUACAAGGAUACCGCGAGCAAGAUCACGGAGUCGACUCCCAGCCUGCAGAAGCAGUUUCAGGACCAGCUGAAGAGCGCGCAGGAGGCGGCGACGUCCGCGUACAAGGGCGCGGCGGACAAGGUGUCGGAGUCGGCCAGCAAGGUCACGGAGUCGACUCCCAGCCUGCAGAAGCAGUUCCAGGACCAGCUGAAGAGCGCGCAGGACGCCGCGACCUCGGCGUACAAGGACGCGGCCGACAAGGUCGCCGAGUCUGCGAGCAAGGUCCAGGACCAGAUGCAGAGCGCUCAGGAGGCCGUCCAGGACACUGCGAGCAAGGUCGCUGAGUCCACGCCCGCCCCGCCGCCGCCGCCGGCCCCCAAGGUCGAGGUCCCGCCGCCGCCGAAGGUCGAGGCGCCGCCGCCGGCCCCGAAGGUCGAGGCGCCGCCGCCGCCGAAGGUCGAGGCGCCGCCGCCGGAGCCUCCCAAGGUCGACGUGCCGGCGCCACCUGCGCCGGAGCCUGCGCCGGCGCCGUCGCUCGACCUGGGCAAGCAGCUGCAGGACGCACAGGAGGCGGCGAAGGAGGCGGCGAGCAAGGCCGCGGAGGCCGCGAGCGAGGCCGCGAGCAAGGUCGCUGAGUCGGCGCCGUCGCUCCCGGGCCCGUCCUCGGAGCCCAGCAUCUCCUCCCUGCGCGAGAACGCGCUGUCGGCCUACGAGUCCGCCGGGCGCAAGACCGCCGGCGUCGGCGGCAUCAAGCGCAACCGCCCGCAGCGCGCUCCCAAGGAGACCCCCGCCGACACCCCCGCCGCCGAACCGCCCAAGGCCGAAGCCCCCGCGCCCGAAGCACCCAAGGUCGAGCCCCCGAAGCCCGAAGCACCCAAGGUCGAGCCCCCGAAGCCCGAGGUACCGAAGCCGGAGCCGCCGAAGGCUGAGGCUCCCGCCCCGGAGCCGCCCAAGGUGGAGGCCCCGCAGGCCGAGAUCCCGAAGCCGGAGCCGGCGCCGACGCCCAAGGUCGAGUCCCCGAAGGUCGAGCCGCCGACGAUGGAGUCUCCGAAGGUCGAGGCGCCCAAGGUCGAGGAUCCGGGAAUCAAAAUGCCUGAAGUUCAGACUCCGAAGCUCGAGGUCGAGGCGCCCAAGGUCCCGGAGCCCCCCGCGCCCGCCCCGGCCGUGCCGGAGCCCCCCGCGCCGGCGCCGGCCGUGCCGGAGCCGCCUGUGCCCGCGGCGCCGGAGGCCCCCCCCGCGCUGUCUGACUCGCUGUCGGCGUACACGAAGCAGACGAGCAAAGGGGCCGGGAAGGCGGUGGAGAAGGCGGCGGAGAAGGCGGGCGACGCUGCGCCGUUCAACCCGGUGGCGGACGCGCAGAAGGCGGUCACGGGCGUCGUGGACGACCUGACGGCGCAGGUGCGCGGAGUGGCCGAGGAGGUGACGUCGACGGUGAACAAGGUGAAGCAGCAGGGGACGGACGCGAUCGACACGCUGUACAAGGAGGUCGACGCGUCGGUGGGCGGCGCCAUGACCGCGGUGUCGGAGGUCCCCGGCAAGGUGAGCACCGCGGUCGGCUCCGCGGUGGACUCUGCGGUGAAGGCGCUCCCGCCGCCGCCCCCCGCGGUCCAGGCCGCGAUCGACAAGGCCGCGCCGUACGCCGACAAGGUCAAGGCCGCGUACGCGUCCGUCGAGGCCACCCUCGGGGCGGACGUCGCCGCCUUCACCGCAGGCGCCACGGUCUCGAUCCCUCUCAUCGCGCUCUGGCAGCUGCUCUACGGCGGGUACUCCGGCAAGCUCACGCCGAACCAGGCCGUCGACCGGCUCAUGGCCGGCACGGCCCUGCUCGUCGACGUCAGGGACGAGGACAUGCGGUUCAAGCAGGGCACGCCCGUGCUGAAGCGCACGGCGCGGAACCGCGCGGUCGCGGCGCCCGUGACGCAGCUCGACCCGGACACGGCGCGGCUGGUCACUGGGACGCGCGCGCUGGAGAUCGAGGCGGCGGCUCUGCGCAUCGCCAACCUGCGCAUGGUCGGCCGGUCGACGGAGGUGGUCGUGCUGACGCAGACGGACGCGGAGGGCGUCGCGAUGGCGCGCGCGCUGCGGCGGGCGGGCGUGCGGAAGCCGUACUGCAUCAAGGGCGGGUUCCCUGCGUGGCAGAAGAGCGGGCUCGCCAUUGCGGAGGGAGUGGGGUUCUACGAGACGGGCACGCUCCGCGUGGUGGGAGACGAGCUGGAGGUGAUCAGCGAGGAGGUGUCGGAGAAGCUCCAGGACCCGGUGUUCGCGGUCGGGGCGCUGGUGAGCGCGCUGGGCGCCGGGGUUGCUGCGUACAACUGGCAGACCUCUCUCGAGUACAUCGGGGUCAUCGGAAUCGAGCUGAGCAUCCUGAGCAAGCUCAUGCAGUACGGCUCGAUCGGGGAGGUCCUCGAGGACGUCGGGGAGGUCGUUGAGGACGUCGCGACGACCACGGGGGGCCUUAUUCAGAAGACACGCUCCACCGGCAGCAGCGCUGGCAGCAGCAGCGCGCCCGCGCCCCCCGCGGCCAAGCCCGCGGCGAAGGCGGCUGCGGAGCCGGCGCCGACGGCCGCUGCCGAGCCGGCCCCGAAGGCGUCCGGCGGCGACGGCGGCGAGCCCGCAGCUGAGAACAAGGCCUCCGAGCCGUGA